AUGGGUCAAACAGUCCUCGAUUUUACCGGAUAUCGCUUUUCUGUGCUCCCGAAACAAUUGAGUGAAUUAGAAAAACUACAAGAACAGUUACAAAAAUAUGAAGAUGAUAGACAAAUGUUAGAAGAACAACGUGAACAAUAUGAACGAGAUCGACAAGAAAUAGAACAACAAAUCAAUGGAAUAAAACGUCAAAUACAACAACUGGAACUAGAAAUAAAAGAAGUAACAAUGGGAAUGCAACAAUUAGAAAACGAAAUAAAACGAAUUCAACAAGAAUGA